AGAUGACAUCGUCAAAGCUUCACUUUGUAGCUCUCCUCAUCAUAGUUUCUCUUUGUAUUAAUGUUCAAUCCGCUCGAAUUAUGGAUGCUUCCUCAGAUUGUGAAUUCAAAGGACCGUGUCAUAAGAAAGAAGAUUGCUAUGACUCAUGUGGAGUGAACAAACCACCGUUUAACAAUGCUAUAUGUGUACCUGGCAGAGAUUCGUUUCAAUGUUGUUGUAUUUUAUCGUGAUUCUAUUCAAAUUUAGUUUACUAUUGA